ACAAACCAUGCUCGGAAAAGUUAACGCUGACCUGCGUACUUCCCCUCCACACUGUCAAGAUGGUGUACAGUGUGGCAUUAAUUUGUUAUAUUUUCACUUUUAUAUAUACCAUAUCGCAUGUGAGUGAACUCAUUGUGAUUUUUAUAUAACAUGCAUAUCUUUUAGUAUGACAAGCUAUGCACUUUCACCUGCUGUUUUUAUGUUAUCUGUGACAUGUUAAGUAAUUGCAGAAAUGUGCUUUACACGUUUGUUAUUACUCUUAAUUGCUUAAAAAAAUUUGCAAAUAUGAAAACACAUGAUCUUAAACACAAAGUUUGUAUUUUAGGACUGAAGACAUUGUAGUGUCAAAUCCUAUUUUGAAGACGCUUACUUUAAAGCGGAAGUUGUCAUGGAACUUCCGCCGUAGGUUAGGCGGCUAACGACUGCUAGCAAACUUGGAAACGACGAACGAAACUGCACGGAUUUACCACUGGUAUUCAAAGGUAAACAUUUAGAAGCAAAGUGAAACGUUCUUUUUCCGAAUCAAAAGCCGUUGCUUUUACCAACACUGGUUUUAGCUCAUUUGUACGUCAACGACGGAAGCCUCCUGGAGGCCUGCUAGCUGGAGUGUUACUACUAGCAGUCACUACUUUUACGUUUGGAUUAUAACAUAAUCGUCACUGAAUCAAAUUAUGCAACUUUACAUAUCCAUUUACAUUUCGGUUUCUGGAAGAUAAUGUCUGUCCGGUGUCCAUACCUUCCUUGAUAGUCGCGUUAGCACAGGCUAAUGGUGCAUCGGUUUCGCUUCGACACGAAACCCACAAACAUGAAAAACAUUUCUAACUUUCUAACAUAUUUUGCGUUAAAUGUAAAGAAAGUGGAUACGUUGUUUUAGUCGUAUUCACAGUUUAGUUGAUUUCGAACAUACUUAACGAACGUUACAUAGAAACGUAUGAAUCCUCAUUGCAACAGUGGAACGUAUCCGAAUAAAAAUUAUGUUAUGGAGUUCUGUUACUUCCAUAUAACGUGAACAAUAUUCCAGCAUCUGUUGACAUUGGGAAGACGUGGUCUUCUGCAGGAGAUUCUGCCACGCAGUGUGAAUCCCAGUGCAUUCCUAGCAUCUCAACAAAUUAUUAUAUCGUGCAGAAAUGUAUUUUAUUUCAGGAGUUCAAAAGUAUAAUCAUGAAAAAAAAAAUCACUCCGUCACCAAUCGAUAGACUAAGAGUUUCACUUUUUCAAUUGAACUACUGAAAUAAAUUGGCAUUCCCAAAUAUUCUAAUUUACUGAGAUGAACUAGCAUGUGGCUGUUGUAUACGCAAUGUCACCUGGAAGUAGCUGUCUUAAUAAAUCCUGUUAGUUUGUGUGUCUUUGCUGUUAGCGUUUCUUUCUUUGGUGUCCUUUCUUAAGCCUGACCAGCAGGAAGUGUGAGUGAGUGAAUGACAGUGAAUUCCACAGGAAAACCGGAGUGGACAAGCUGACAUCAGACGUUCCAGGAACCAUUCCUGUCCAGGCUGCAGUGCUCCAGUCCACUGCAAUAAUCACAUUUUGUUUUUGUAACGUUUUCCAGCUUUGUGUUGACAUCAAAGCAUUGUACCUCUUCUGCUCCAGAACCCACCAACCAAUCUGCUCUUCAGCGGGUUCCCCCCAGUGCCCGGCUUUCAUCGGCCGGCAGGCUGCCUCCUGGAGGUUGGUUGGGCUCACAGACUCUCCCGGCAGCCUGCCCCCCACAUACUGACAACAGCUCCCUGGGUUACUGCUGUGGACAUUCAUGUUGUUAGCUUGCAACAAUCAUGUCUCAUCCUCUGUAUAACCUGUUUGAGAACCAAAGAAGACAGGCACAGGUAGACCCCCGUAGGGUGUCUUCUCUGCUCGGUCUUGGAUCCAGCCUUGGCUCUUCUGCAGGACCAUCGCAGGCUUCUGACAGCAAGACGAUUUCCUCACUGGUGCCGAAGUAUCAAUCCAUGCAAAGAGUCGCGUUCAAUGAAGCCCUGCAGAGGUCCGUCGACACGCAUGUGAGCAGAGCCACAGAAGAUGCGAGGCUUCAAGCCAUGCGCCAGCCGUCAGAUCAAGAUUUUCGCCGGCAAGAGUUCGCCCACUCGGUGGGUGGGGGAGUGAGCUCUUACCACAGCCUCAGCAGAGGUUUGGACACACCGAGUGGUGGACCCUUAAACCAUUUGGCUAGCUACAGCCGACCUGCUGCUGACAAACCCUCUGUUUAUUAUCCGGCGUCAACUCCAGCCGGCUGCUCCGUACUCAAUGUACCCAGUGAGGCUCAGCGGGACUUUUGCUCCAUUCCAGGUUUAGAAGGUUUUGACAGGCCAGACGUGGCCCAAUCUGCGGCCUCUUCUGAGUGCACUCAACCUAAAUAUACCUCUGAGUCAGCGGCCAACAUCCUUUUGCACUUUGGACUUGAAAAGGAGGACUUGGAACACCUUAUCGCCUACUCCGAAGACCAGAUCACACCUGCCAACUUGCCGUUCAUCUUGCGCCAAAUCCGCAUUCAGAAGGCCAAGAAGGCCCCAGAUGCAGAUCGGUCAAAACAAUUUCCUCAACCUGCGCCCACGGGUGGCACUGGCGGUUUGGCCACUUGGAGCAGUUCUGGAGUGUCUAGGAUGGACCAUGGGGACACAGCAUCUCCUCUUCUUCAAUCUAGUAAAAUCAUUGACUAUGGUCAUACACGCAAAUACACUGGCAUUGCGGGGGAGGAUGCUGAAAGUGCCGGCAGCGACACUUUGUUGAUUCACAAUUUGGAUAGAGGCACUCGCACUCAAGAGCUGGCACAGCAGGCGGGACGAAGCACUUCCCAGGACCAGGCAAGUCCCGGCUCUUCUUUCAGCUCCAUGCUGACCUCGGCUCCUCCAAAAAGUAAUAUUGCGGUCAAAGGAGAGAGGAUCCAACCAUUGCAGACUCAACAGUCAAUGUUUACUUCAUUUGCUCAGCCAGUGAAAGACACAGACUUGCGAGAUGUUCCAUCUCAAGCCCCUAAAGCGAGGCCUUUUAAACAGGUGGAAACUCACCCAGAGUCACAACCUCCCUCCACUCUGUUUCGUGGUGUCCACCCGAACAGACCUGGCCUCGUGGUCCUCUGUUCGAAUACUACAAGUGAGCAGCCUAAAGGUCAAGGAUCAGGUGGUGCAAAGCCGGCCAAAAACCUUGAGACCAUGGAUCAGCCGAGGCGGCAACAGCAGCAGCAGCAGAAGAAGCAGAAUUUGCGGAAAUCGCAGCCACAAAAACCGGACAAUCAGAAGCCGCCAGCGCCUCAGAAGCAGCAGGCGCCCAAGAGCCACGCCAAGCAGAAACCCAUAAAGCAACCCACCCAGUUGGAACCGGUGCCAUGGCCGCCUGCUUUCAACCCAGCGCAGUCGCUUAUUCCCCUGCCGACCGCGUUCAACAUUCCCAGCAUCUUGAAGGUGGACAGACAACCCUUGUACCUUUUGGGUCAGAGCUCCGGCGACGUACAUCUGCCCCGGGCUCACCCAGCGCAGGUGGUGGUCUCCAAGGGUUUGCCGACGGCAGCCAUGAUGCAGGACUAUGCUGCGUCCACGCCCAGAGUCUUUCCACACUCGUGUUCUUUGUGUAACAAAGAGUGUGCGCUCAUGAAGGAUUGGAUCGCUCACCAGAACACAGCCCUUCACCUUGAGAGCUGCAAAAUCCUACGAAAGCAGUAUCCUGAUUGGGAUGGAGAGUUGCGUACUAUCUGUGGUGGUGCAGGACAGAAGUCCACAUCCACCUCACAAUCUCAGCAUAAGAAAAGCCAGCGUAGGAGUCGCUCAUCUUCCCGCUCUCGUAGUCCUCGGCGCCGCCGCAGUUCGGAUAACCAGAGAGACAGGAGGAAGAGUCGCUCCCGUUCACCUUACGCCCCCAGAUAUAGUCGAAGGUCGCGUUCUUACUCCACAAGCUCGUCGUCCAACCACUCUCGCUCGCGGUCAAGAAGCUACGAGAGGCGCCACUCUCGACACAGAAGUCAGGAGGGGCACUCGUCGUCUCGGAAGAGGAGCCGCGAGAAGCGCUCCUUGUCGCAGAGCCGCCGCAAUAAACGCUCUUCACCCAGGAGAAGCCAGGACGGACACUCGUUGAGGAGGAGCCGUGAGAAGCGGUCCUCGUCACAAAGUCGCCACGGUAAACCCUCGCCAUCCACUCGAAGCCGCGAGAGACGUCCCUCCCCCAGGCAGAGCCUUGAAGCCAGCGCCGCCUCGUCAAAGAGCCAUCCAAAGUCAACCAGUGCAGAGCGACUUGCUAAGAAACUUCUGCAAUCCACAGCUGUCCAGUCUCUGUCAAAGCAGUCAGAUGUGGAGGCUGUGGUUAAAACUCUGGCCCCGGCCUUGUUAGCCGAGUUGGCCAAGAUCAAGUCGUCUCCUUCCCAAGGAGGUGCUGCCUCUUCGCAGUCUUCCACAGCAGCAAAGAUAUCUUCUGCCUCCUCCUCAGCAACAGCCAACAAAAAGAAGGCAGCUAAAGUGACACCGAGCCAGCAAAAAGAUCCAUCUGCAAAGAAUAAGUUUGGUAAAACCUCUGCUCCAACCAUUGUGACACUAGGUGGAAUUGUUAAUGGUCUUUCCCAUGGCGACAUGAUCGCUGCUGCCGAGCAGUAUGGAAAAACCAAAUCAGUUGUUGUGUUUCGCUCCAGACUGCAGGCAGUGGUGUGUUAUGAGAAAAAGGAAGAUGCAGACAAGCUGAGGAAUGUGAAAGAAUUCAAACUGAAAGGAUUUCCAAUCACUGUAGUGGAUGACAAGGAGGCUGUUGCCCAGAAGGAUUCUCAGAAAAAGCCUGAUGCCUCGUCCAGUGUCUCUACCACUCCAGCAUCUAAAUCAAAAAGUGCCCCUUCUUCAAAAAAUGCUGGACCUGCUGCAAAAGUGUUAGUUUCAAAAGCAAAGAACAUCUCAAGCAAGCAGGUCAUCAAGACAGAGAAGGGAGCUGUGAAGAAAGGUCCAGUAAAAGCACACUUAAAAAAACCUUCCAGUGUUAAGUCAUCUCAAGGGUCGAAGGUCAUCAGUAAAGCACCCAAAGGUGAAACUGUAACAGACACAGUUAAUCCAUCAGGAGGCACCAUUAAAGAGGAACCACCGUCCAAAUGUAGCACUGCAGAAGAGAAACACAAUUUGGAGGGCUCAUCUGAGCUGAAUGCGUCCUCGUCCGAUGUCUCCAGUACACAAACAUCUAAACCCGUAAGCGUCCCUUCUGCAAAAAGUGCUGUACCUGCUGCAAAAGCUCAGUUAGGCUCCAAAGCAAAGAAUGUCCCAUGCAAGCAGGCCGUCCAGACCGAGAAAGGAGCUGCGACGAAAGGUCCAGCAAAUGCACAGUUAAAAACCACCUCAGUUCUUACAUCAGCGCAAGGGUCGGAGGUCACAAGUAAAGCACCCAUCACUGUGGUAACAGACAAAGGGAAUCCAUCAGCACGUGUCGUUCAACAAGAGGAGGAGCUGUCCAAACGUGGUAAUGCCAAAGAGCAACACAACCUGGACGUGUCAUCUAAGCUGAACGCCAGCGGAGCCGAGAUCACACAACCAGAAGUGGGCGAUGCUGGACCAGCAAAGGUGACAGAACCUCCAGGACUCCACACCACUGGGCCCAAGAUCACACCAAUAGAAGCAGCCGAUGUUGGACCAGCAAGUGUGACAACACCUCCAAGAGACCACACCUCCAGCGCUGAAACAACAACACCAGAAACAGCUGAUGUUGGACCACCAGAUCUGACAGAACCCCCAAGAGAUCACACAACCAUACCCAGCACCACACAACCAGAAGCAGUUGAUAUUGGACCAGCACGCUUGACGGUACCUCCAGGAGACCACACCAUCUGGGCCAAGGCAGCACCACCCGAAGCGGCCGAUGUUGGACCAGUACAAGUGACAGUACCUCCAGGAGACCACAACACCAGGACUGAGACAAAACCACCGGAAGUGGUCGAUAUUGGACCAGCUAGCCUGACAGAAACUCUAAGGGACCACACCACCAGGGCCGAGACAGCGCCACCAGCAGCAGAUGAUGUUGGACCAGCAAAUGUGACAGAACCGCCACAGCAAGCAAUAGCUCAAACAGAAGACGUGAGCGACCCACGACCUCCAGAACCUGACCAUCUAGAGCCAAUGGAAGUGGACGCUCGCACGGCAGCUGAGGAGCAACUUGACAAAAGCGCUGAGAACCAGCAAAGCACGAGGCCCCAGGUGGAACCCGCAGCACCACCGGCGUCUACCAAAGUCGAGUCACUAGUUGAGCAGCAAGAUGAAGCUGACCUGGACACAAAGUUCACACACGCAGGAGACAACACACAAGAACAGAAGCAGCAAGCAACAGCAGCCAAGAUGCCACCACAGGCAGCAACGGUGCAGGACGCGAUGUCAUCCCACUGCUCUGAGGCAGCAGAGAAACACACCAUCGGAGAGAUGGUGGAACAGCAUCUGCAUCAGAGUAGAAUCAUGUGCCUCAAGAACAAAACCUGCUUCACACCGAGAUUUUUGUCUCUCAACAAGAAGCAGCUGUUGAUCACACAUCUGCCCAAAUAUCAUGACGGUUGCUACAGGGAGGAAGACGUCGCCCAGUUGUUGAAACCGUUUCGAUUUAAGUACUUUGACGAGAGCAUCUACGUUAUUCCUCAAAAAUGUAUGGCAUUUGCUCAACUGGCGGAUGCUGAGGAUGUUCUGGCUGCACUGAAAGCUAGCAAAAACAAAGAUUUCACUCUGAAAGGCUUUAAGGAGAAACUGCAUCUGCACGUACUGGGUGAAAACGUCCCCAUGGCACCGGUGUCGUUUUACAGAUCCCUGAUGAGGUUGAUGGAUUCUCCUGUGGUUGACUACGGGACGAGAACCAUCUUCAUCAAGAACAUCUCUCAAAGUGAGACUGCCAGCCUCCGGGAAGUUUUGAGGAAGAUUGACUUUGUCAAAAACUUCCUGCCUCUCCUUAACAAGCUAUUUGUUGAGUUUGAGUCAGAUUGUGAUGCCGAUCGCUUUGGAGUUUGGUAUUCUCUCCUGGAUCGGUGUCCUGCCUACCAGAUCCACCGGCUGGGUCUUCCUCAGAGUGAAUGCACUUGUCUGCCGCCGAGCCUACCAGAGAAAGCAAUGCCAGACAGCAGUGUGGCGGUUGCCGGUGCAACUGUUCCAACAGUUGAGUUUGGCAUUCCGCAGGGCAGCUCUUCUCCAUUUUGGCUAACCAUGCCAAAAAGACCCUACCUGUUCCCAAUCAUAUCUUCCUGGUUCACUAUCCCAGAGUUCCUCACUAUCAGAGAAGAAGCCGACAUUGAUCAGGCCAGGCGUCGCGGCAUGACAGCACCAACGAUCAUGUUGACAGGUUUACCACAAGGAUAUUACAAACACGAGGAUGUGGCCAGGCUCGUGUGGCCAUAUUUUUCCCAGAAGGACCAUCAGUCGCUGUACUACAACGUGAUCGUACUGCCACUCCAGAGGAGGGCCUUUUUGCAUUUCCAUGAAUGGAGUGGCUGCUGCCGUUUUCUCCACAGUCACUUAAAGAGUGCAGUGUCGGUAGGAGGCUACAAACUCUUUGUGCACUUUGUCCUGCAGCCCAUGUGUCCUCAAAACAGCGAGGAGAACUUGUACAAAAGUCUGAUGCAGCUGAGCAACUCUCGCGUUGGUCAAGUGGAGAAGCUGGCCGAGCGCCUGCUAUGUGUGAAGAUUUCUGAGAUCAGCGAGGAUGUUGUUAAAUUAGUUUUACAUUUCGUCUCGUCUCAUGCCACGGUGGUCAACUUCCUUCCUCUGGCCAAUCGGAUAUGCAUCGAAAUGGCUGAUUCCACAGGCGUUGCUUGUGUGGUGGAGAAAUCCAAACACUUCUCACCAAAUCCUGGCAAAAAGCGUGUAACUUGGAUUGCAGUUGAAGGCUUUGAGAGUGUGAGUAGCUUGAAAAAAUGUGUGACGGAUCGCAGUGUGAUUACAUUGAACCUUGAGAAGGACAGGAAGGAUAUCAGCAUUCAAGGUGCCGUGCGCUCCACGGUUCUCGCCUCUCCAUCGGUUGCCCUUGAAAAAAACACAGAGGCAGCACAACAGCGACAAAGCACAAGCAAACACCAUGGUGGGAAAACUGUGACUCGUGACGACAAAGAGAAACACGGUGCAACUCCAGCUGCUGCCUUGCUUCCUAAAAGAAAUGAAGCAAAGAAGCCAUCAAAGAACUCACGCAAGAGAAAAAAGAAUCCACACGGAGGAAGAUACAAGGAGGACUUUACAGAAGACAACAUUCCCCCAUACGCAUUUAUUUUUGAGGAUCAACCUUUCAACAUGGAUGACUUUGUCACUGUGGAUGAAGUUGGGGGAGAGGGAACUACCGAGUCCCCUCCUGGGCUCGCCUCCUCAACCAAGACUUUAUCCUCCAAAGCUGAUUCCAAACAAACCAACACCAGCGCCUCAAGACAUUCAAAGAGCUCUGCAUGUUCCUCCUCGGCCUCCUCCAGGUCCACCAGAAGCUCAACAAAACAGAGCCCAUCUUUUCACUCUGUGUCCGAAAAGUCCAAGGGUUCCAUUGAAACCAAAGCCAAAGAGUCAGAGGCUGAAUCUCAGAUACGUUUGCAGCCAUCCUCUUCCUCUGCUUCUGAAGAAGAGAAGAUGACAACUUUAGCGACAAAGGAAAGCUUUCAAGUGUUGGACAGCGUGGGCUAUGAGGAGAAGCCUCUCUCAGCGGGCAGCAGCCACAAGGGGCAGCAUCACAUAACCCCACUUGAAAAUGACAAAAAACAACUCCCUGAGAAAGAUGAGACUACGCCACAAGUUCACGCACCCGAAGAUGAAGCUAACAAAGAUCAGGUCCAAGCGCUGGCUCCAGAUGCCGAGUCUCCUCUGAGGGACAAAGGAGACGAGCAGAAGACAAACGUGGAAGAUGACAAGCAGGAGACAGUAGAACCUUGUCAAACAAAGGACAACCACGACACUCACGGUUUAGAAACUUCAGCUGGCCCGCUAUGUCAAGAAAACACUACGGCCUCAGAAGAAGAGGAGGCAUACCAGGUGAUCGAUUCUGUGGACGAGCAGCCAACUUCCACUGAGAAUGAGUGUGAGCGCAAGGAGAAACGUGACCAGGAAGUGUCUUCUUCAAGCACUGCAUCCAAUAGAGAAGAGCAUGGAUCUCCAAAGAAGCGUGCAACCACUGGACCUCCUGAGGCUGAACAGAAGCACCAGGUUGUUGAUUCUGUCCAAGUUAAACAUUCCAGCAGCACAUUGACACCAGGUAGGAGGAGGAGCACACGAGGCAAGACCCAGGGUCCAUCUGUGAAGGACGAGGAGCCCACAUUCCACAUUUUAGACUCCGUGGAUGCUGAGACGGUCCAAGAAGAACCCAGCAUGACAACCAGAUCUAGCAGAGGCAAAAGAGGAAGGCCAUCUAAGAAAGAUGCUUCCAGUGAGAAAAUAGCUGAAGAAGAAAUGACACCAACAAUGAAGAGGACAAGAACUUCACAGGAAACCACCAGAGAAGAAACACCAAGCAAGAAGACUGAGGCUGUCUUAAAAGAUGAAGUGAAGACUCUUCCGGCUCAGAGAAAAGGAAGAAGGGGAAGACCUAAGAAAGCAGUCCAAACCCCUAAAAGUGAAGACGCCUGCUUAGAAAAGAGGGCGCAGGACACUGAUGGUGAAGAAGAAGCCACAUUCCAGGUCCUGGACUCUGUUGAGGACGAGACACUCCAUGAUCACAAUAGUCCAAAGGAGGAGGGCGCUCUUGACAGCAAACAUAAGGAAGGAACUAUUGAGAUCAUUGAUUUUGUGAAUGAAGGUCCAGCCAAAGAGGAGCAUUUGGAUCUGGAUGGUAAGAAGGAGGGCAAUGAUGAAGCUGUGGAAACGUCGCAAUGUGCUAAGCGCACUCGACAAGGACGUCAGGCAAGACACGUUUUGUCGUCGUUCUCACCAGAAGACACCAGCUCGGUGGAACGAAAGAAGGUGGGGCAGGGUGACGAGGCCGAACCUGAGCAGGCAUCUCUCUCCAACUGGAGAGGCAGAGCCAAGAAGAGAAGCGGACUCGCUUCCGUUGAGAAGCAUCACGAUGCCUGCUUAGAAAUGAAAGAAGAAGACACUGGUGAUGAAGAAGAAAUGACAUUUGAGGUCCUGGACUCUGUGGAGGACGAGACGCUCCAUGAUCACAUUAGUCCAAAGAAGGAGGACAUGACUGACAGCCAACAGGAAGAAGAGUCCAAUGAGAUGAUUGUUUUGAAUAAAGGUGAAGCCAAAGAAGAUCCUCUUGAUAGUGCUGAUAAGCAGGAGGGCACAGAUGAUGCUGUGGAAACAUCACAAUGUGCUCGGCGCACUCGAAAAGGACGCCGGAGAAGGCAGCUUUUAAGUUCUUCCUUUUCAGAAGGCAACACAAGCUUGGUAACACUGGACAAGGUGGGACAGGAUGACGAGGUGGAGACUAGAGCAGCAUCUCCAUCCAACUGUAGAGGCAGAGCCAAGAAGAGAAGCAGAUUGACUUCUAGUGAGCAGCAUCGUGAUGCCUGCAUAGACGAGGCACAAGAUGCUGGUGAUGAAAAAGAAGGUACAUUCCAGGUCCUGGACUCUGUGGAGGACGAGACGCUCCAAGAUCACCUUAGUCCAAAGGAGGAGGACAUGACUGACAGCCAACAGGAAGAAGAGCCCAAUGAGAUCAUUGUUUGUUUGAAUGAAGGUCAAGUCAAAGAAGAGCCUUGUGAUAGUGCUGAUCAGGAGGGCAAAGAUGAUGCUGUGGAACCAUCACAGUAUGCUAGGCGCACUCGACAAGGACGCCAGAGAAGGCAUCUGUUAUGUUCUUCCUUUUCAGAAGGCAACACAAGCUUGGUGACACUGGACAAGGUGGGACAGGAUGACGAGGUGGAGACUAGAGAAGCAUCUCCAUCCAACUCUAGAGGCAGAGCCAAGAAGAGAAGCAGAUUGACUUCUAGUGAGCAGCAUCGUGAUGCCUUCAUAGACGAGGCACAAGAUGCUGGUGAUGAAAAAGAAGGUACAUUCCAGGUCCUGGACUCUGUGGAGGACGAGACGCUCCAUGAUCACCUUAGUCCAAAGGAGGAGGUCAUGACUGACAGCCAACACAAGGAUGAAGGCACAAAUGAGAUCACUGAUUCUUUGAAUGAAUGUCCAGCUGAACAACAGCCUCCAAAAGGUGGAGAUGAGGCUGUGAAAACAUCACAAUAUUCUAAGCGCACUCGACAAGGACGGCAGAAAGGACAUCUUUUAAGUUCUUCCUUUUCAGAAGGCAACACACACUUGGUGACGCAGGACAAGGUGGGAGAGGUUGAAGAGGUAGAGCCUGAAGAAGCAUCCUCGCCAGACCGGACAGGCACAGCCAAGAAGAGAACCAGACUGACAUCUGAUGAGCAUCAUCACGAUGCCUGCAUGGAAACGAAGGAACAAGAUCCUGAUGAAGAUGAAGCCGCAUUCCAUGUCCUGGACUCUGUAGAAGAAGAGCCACCCAAUGAUGACAAUAGUCCAAAGGAGGAGGAGGACAUGACUGACGGCCAACUUGAGGAGGAAGGCACGUAUCAAGUUGUGGAUUGUUUGGAUGAAGAAGAUGUUUGUGGUGGAGUGAAGGAGGAAGAACCAAGUGAAGACAUCAGCCCAGUCGGCACUUGUGAAAAAGUCAAACUGGAGGCUGAUCUGAAAGAGGACGACCAGCUGGCGACUGGGGGAAAAGACCUGAAGACCGAAACUCCAACCACCUCUGAGAAGACACAAAUCCUCCCCAACAAAGACGACACCAGUGUCUGGAAGCUGGACCAAGUAAGCGACGACGACGAGGAUUUCUCUGACGACAUGGCUGAGGAGAUGAGUCGGCGAGUAAAGGAGGAAAAAUUGAGCCCAGAGAAGACCGUGAGAGCAGAGGAGAAAAAGCCAAAUGGAGGAAGUGAGGAUGAGGAGGAGCUGCUCACUCUGGAUGACAUCUCUGACGGAGGGCUGCACGCUCUGGUCACUUUGGAUGAGCUAGUUAUGGAGGAAGAAGAAAAGGUGGAAGAGAAGGCACCGACUGACUGCCCACCGGACCAAUCAGAGGACUGUUUCAACCCUCAGAUCUUGCUGACUGUAGAUGAAGCAGGCGGCGAUGAUGAUGAGAAGAACGACAACAACACAGAGGACAACACAGCCUUGGUGACGCUGGACCAGGUGGGACAGGUUGAGGAGGCGGAGCUUCAAGAAGUGGCUCAGAGAGAGACAGAGAGACAGAGUCCUGAUGGGAAAGGUAGCAGAGGGACGGACGUGCUUGUCAAGGACGCUCCACCUCCCUGCUUGCCAAGAGACCACCAGGAGGAGGAGGAGGAGGAGGAGGAGGAGGACACCGGUCCUGCAGAGGGUGGAACUCCAUCUGCUGGACAGACUGGAGUUGGGAGCAAACGACAGGCGGAGCUUACUGCAGCAGGAGCAAAGCGAGCGCGUUCUCAGUCGCCAUACGUCUCAACAAAAUUUGAACUGCCAGCGUUCAAACCCAACAACCCUCUCGGCACGCAGUUUGUGGUCCCCAAACAUGGUUAUUUCUGUGAACUUUGCUCCAUUUUCUACCUGAAGGAAAGCACAGCCAAAGACGUGCACUGCAGCAGCAAGAAACACUACAACAACCUGAAGAAGUAUUACCAGCGUACGCAGAAGUCAAGAGUGUCAACUCAAGGCUCCGUCUCUGACUGACACCUGAAAGGUGCAAAAUGUUGGCAACCCUGUCAAUUACUGAGACUGAAUAUUUUGUUUAGUUUGUUUGUUUUGUCUUAUCUAAUUUAGGCAGUGAAGCAUCAUUUUACAUUUCUUUUUUCCUUCAGAUAUUGAUGAUGUACAUUUGUCUAAUCAGUCAUUAAAAUUCAACUCAACCGCGAAAUUGACUACAUUUAUUUAUGUAGACUUGACCUCAGUCCUGAAGUGAAGUACCGUAUAGGAAUUGUCUAA